UAAACAGAAACCACGUGACGCUCCUCGCUGCCUGUCAGCUCUCUGCAGCAGCAGCAGCCACAGACGGCCGAGGAGUUGGAGGAAGUUACUGGCAGCAGCUGUGAGCUAGCAUGUAAACCUUUACACGAGUCUGGUUCAGCCAUUGCAAGUAAGAGAGAGUUUUCAUGCAGGAAGGCAGCAGCAUUCAUGGAUACUGUGGACACCUUUAACCAUUUAAUACCCAGUGACCAGUUGGACGACUCCCUGGUAACAGGUCAGAACCAGGAAUGUGAAGCCGGUAAUGAGUUUGGGCCCGGACUCCGACCGGAAGAUUCACUAAAGAACAUGCUCAGUGACAAAGACCCCAUGUUUGGAUGCGCAACCUCUCAGUUCAAUCUGCUGGACAAUGAGGACUCCACUUUUCAGGAGGUUGCUGGCUCAACAGGUCUCACUGAUGGUUCAGCAUCCACAGGCCUCAGCAGUGAACUGACAGUUGCAGACACCACACAAGUAAAGCAACCUGUUGGCAGGCGGAGGAAACGUCCAAGUAAUUCAGAAUACGAAUAUAGCAGUGGCCCAGAAUCUCCUAACACAUCCACCAACGCCAUGGACCGAGUACGACCAGGAAAGAAACCAGCGAACAGGCUACAGAAGUCAUUUCUUAUUGAGAAAGGAGUUAAAGGCAUCCAGCUGAAGAAAGAAUUAACUCUUGGAGGACGUGUUGAUGUUAAUGAUUUUAAUGGUGGGAUAUGGCUGAAGCCUUCCGUUGUAUUGAGACGACUGACAGUCACAAUUGCAGGAUUCAGGAUUGAGCUGCUUCCUGGACCCUCUUACACACAAAAUGUUGAAGCGAGCCAGUCUGCGUGCCUUGACGGUGUUUUUUCGUAUGCUGGGGACAUUGGGUUUGCUGUGCUGCCUGACGAUGCUGUCAAUGUACAGAAACCAACACCUGAGAAUGUGGCAGAGGUGGAAGUAAUAGAGAAGGGCUCUGCUGAUGAUGUAGCCCUUGGGCUGGGCCCGUAUGUGAAUCCUAACGACGUGCAGACCUCCAACGGGACUUUAAUGGGGAGUGCCUGCACGCAAGAGACAAAACUUGACAAUCAGAGUGUUCCUGAAAAGGAAAAGCCAGUCAGUGAAGAAAAAGACGACAUCAACGAGCCACAAAACAUUGAGAACAACAGAACUACUGUUAGUAAUCAGACUGACAAGGAAAAACAGAUUGUGGACAAAACACUGCUCAAGUCGAAACAAGAACUGACUUCUAACAAGAAUAAGGACUUGGUUUCAGGUAAACCAAACAACAUGAUUAAGGGACAUAAAGUAACCCAAAACAUGCCAUCCAAAGUCCAAAGAGGAGACCUGCACAAAAUGAAAUCUCUGAAGGAAAAGAAAGAUGUUUCACCUUUGAAAAGGCCUGCAGAAAUCACCCAAAGUGAGCAUGCUACUAAGAUGCAGAAGACACAGGGCACAGGAGAGAGUAAAGUGAAGCCAAAAUCACCAAGUACACCUAGCCCUGUAGUGAAGAGAAGCCCAUCAUCUGGCAACCGUGUGGAUCAGCAGGGACCAACUAAACCUACUCAUCCUCCCAAUAUCUCCAAAGUUGAAACCAGUAACCCGAUGCCCAGUCGUCCAGGCCAAUCUUUAAAGAUGCCUGAGGAAGGAGGGCAGAAACUGAAAAAGCCUGAAAAGAUCCUCCAAAGACAGAAAAGCAAAACUUCAAGAAGCAUCUCCGUGGAUGAGCCGCAGCUGUUCAUUCCAGACAACGCUCCUGUUGUGAAGAAGGAAGCUGCUGAGGAGCAACCCGCCAACAGUGAGAUUGUAUGGGAUGGAAACAACUGUUGUGGCCAGUGCAAAAAACACCACAAUAACAUGUUCAUGGUAGGCUGCGGACGCUGUGACGACUGGUUCCACGGCGACUGCGUUGGUCUGGACCUGACGAAAGUACGCGAAAUGGAGGAGGAGGACCAGAUGUACGUGUGCUUGAAGUGCUGUGAGGAGGAAAGCAAAAAGGUUGAGCCAGAGCCCCCGAUUGCAGCCAAACCAGAAGUUCAAGUGAAGACGGAGGUCCAGGAUGUUAAGCUGUCUCCCAAUCCCCAACCGGGACCGUCCCAGAAUAUCCCAUCAGGGGGGGUCAGACCAGUAAGAAAGGAUCCUGACAGAAGGCAGUCCUCAGAUGCCAGAGAAGGAGCUCAUAAAACAGGCUUUUAUCUGACAAAAAGUAAGACUCAAUCUUCAAAGAAACCGGUGUCUGUGGAGGCAAUCAGGCGAAGUGUGCGUGAUUCUCUGAAAGAAAUCCUUAUACAGAGGUUGAAGGAGUCUGAUUUGAGCGUCUCAGUGGAGAGGGCCUCUGAAGUUGCCAAGAAGACAGAGAGAGAGCUUUUUCACUUGUAUAAAGACACCGACAACAAAUACAAGAACAAGUACAGAAGCUUAAUGUUCAACCUCAAAGAUACUAAAAAUAAUGUCCUCUUUAAGAGGGUUCUCAAAGGGGAGAUUUCUCCUGGUAACCUAAUUCGAAUGAGCCCCGAGGAACUGGCCUCGAAAGAGUUGGCUGCUUGGCGACAAAGGGAGAACCGACAUACUAUUGAGAUGAUUGAAAAACAGGAAAGAGAGGUCGAGAGACGGCCGAUCACUAAGAUAACACACAAAGGUGAAAUUGAAAUUGAGAGCCAAGAACCAGCGAAGGCACCUGAGCCUGCAGAGCUUGAGCCUCCUCCUAAAGUGACUGAAGUCUCAGCGGAACCACCAAAAACCCCUGAGGACAAAGCCGAGAGCACCAACACGGAGAAAGACACCACCAGCCAACACAAGUCUCACUUAUUUGAUCUACACUGCAAAAUCUGCACAGGUCGUAUGGCGCCCCCUGUAGAGGAGGUACCAACCAAAGUGGUCAAAGUUGCUACUACAGUGGUUAGGAGGCAGUCCACGAAACCUGAAGAGACGAAGAGCACAGCGACACCCGCAAUCGACGACGAUCUGCACCUCACCGUUUUAGAGGAGAGCUUUCGAAGCGCUCACUCAGGCUAUGAAGCAAGGUCGGAUCAUAAACCUGGAAGAGAAGAAGAGGCCAUUUUCCUUUCCAACUUGGAGUCCCCGUGGCAAGGACUCAUUCAUAUGCACUCUGUGGCAAAGUUUGCGACAAAAGCUUUUCCCGUCUCAGGCAUUUUGGACAACCUGACUGAGGACCUUCCUGAUAGCAUUCAGGUUGGCGGAAGGAUAAGUCCACAGACGGUGUGGGACUACUUGGAGAAGAUACGGGCAACUGGAACAAAAGAGGUGUGCCUGAUUCGCUUCUCCCCUGAGACGGACGAAGAUGAGAUCUCCUAUACUCUUCUGUAUGCCUACUUCAGCAGUCGUAGGCGUUUCGGGGUGGUGUCCAAUAACCUGAAACAAGUGAAGGACAUGUAUCUCAUUCCUUUGGGAGCCACUGAAAAAGUUCCACAUCAGCUUGUUCCCUUUGAUGGGCCAGGUUUAGAAAACAACCGCGCCAACCUUCUCCUCGGACUCAUUAUUCGCCAGAGACCGAAAAUGGAUUUUCUUCCCGUGGAGAUGAAUGAAACUGCCAGGAUUAUUCCUGAAAUCAAGCCCAUCAUCGUUUCUGCAAAAGAAACCAGAGCAACAGAGGAGGAAGAGAAAAUCUUCCUUUCUUCCUUGACUACUCCACAUAAAAAAGAGAAGGACAAACCACUUAACACUACUGAAGAUGUUGAUGAGCCGAUUACAGAGGCUUUGGAAGAACCAUCUGCAUCAGAGGAGACCAGCAGUCAGGAACCCCAAAAACCACUGCGCUUUCUUCCAGGUGUGUUACUAGGCUGGGGAGGGGAAUUACCGCCUCUGCCAGAUCUUGGAGUUAAACAUGCAACAACAGCAGACGACAACCAGAACACGCGACCAGUUCCAAAGUCUGAGGCAUCAACUGGAAACUUGAAAAGUCCAACAACAACUGCUGCACAACGAGAGCGCUUUGUCAUCAAGAAGAGAGAAGCUAAACCUGUUAAAGCUGAACCGGAGCUAUCCGGCCCGACUGAUACAUCUGCUGCAAACAACUCAUCAGGAAAGGAUGCUGCAGUGGUGACACACAGUGCACCAGUCUCUCUGAAAGAUAAGCCUCCAGAUGUAUCGACUGAAGCAUUCCUGGCAAGCUUGUCUGCAGCUCAAAGCGGGACUGAAACGAGCAGCGCUGCCUCUGCAAACGAAGGCGAUGCAGGCCUUUUGUCUGACUCUGAAAAAGCACCGUCUGAAGGGAGCUCUUUGUCGCAGUCAGAAUCCCAGGCUGCACCAGCUCACACCAAUAGUUCAAAACCUCCUUUAAGUGGAAUAUUGAAAAAAUCUUCCGCGUAUUCCAGCGUGGAUGAAGAUAAAACAACGGUGAUACAAAAGGAUGAAGCCAGCCACCCAGCUCCUUCGAGUCCCAAACCCGUUCCCGUGUUGAGCAGCACUAGAAAUGAUCCGGUUACACUAUUUCACCAAGGAUUUUUACAGCUUUCUCAGGCCAAGAAGAAACCUGAGGAAGAAAAGCAAACAACUAUUCCAUCAUUCGCUGGUGAAAAUGAAGGUCCUGACAUGUCCCAAGCUUGUGCUACAGUAACUCAGACACUAUAUCCAACUACAGUCCAAGGACCACAAGCAGUGUGUUACACAGAAGCCUCUGAGCUCCAACACGACACAGUAAUGGCAUCAGCUCUCCCAGUAUACAACAGCGCUGCACCAAUCCCAUCACAGCAGCAACAGCCUCAGGUACCUGGCAGCUACGAAUACCCAACCGGUCCUCCUCCUGACACGUUCUCCAUCCCACACACCCAGCAUCAGAACCACAGUGCACCGUGGGCUCAGGACGGCACUUCACAAGCUCUCCCCGGACUUCAAUCGCAGUACGCCGAGAGCUACCCCGAACCAGCUGGCCGACCUCCAUCCCUGGCCAAAGACUAUAGGCGUCUAGAGGAGCGAUACAGUGACCCGUGGGAGAGGCCACGAACGACUGAGGAGAAAGACCACCACGGGAGGCACAGCCAUCAGAGGGACACUCAUCACGGGAAAAAGAGCAGACACCACGACCGGGAGAAAAAGCGCGACCGCAGCCACGACAGAGAGAGGAGUAGGCACCACGGACACUCAGACGACCGCUAUGGUGAGAAGAGGAAAGAGAGGCACCACAGCGAUGAUCACAGCAGCCGUCAUAAGGACAGACACCGACAUAGACGGGACUCUGAUUAUGAGAACGGACGGAGAAGUUCAAAAGACAGUUAAUUAUGUUGGGUUUUCUUUUAAAGCCUUGCUAGCAAGCGUUGGAGGCUCUAAGAGACUGUUGGCUUGUUGGUCACGUGGCUGGUUCAAAACACUUUGGCUGUAUUGGCUAACAGUGAAGUUGUUUGUUAUUUUAUACAGCGGUCUGCAGCUUAUACGCCAUUUCCUUCAUAGAAGUUCCUUUUUAUGUUAUUGACGGUGCAGCCAAAGUGAAAUAUCAUUUCAGUGGUAUUGUGAAGAACUUUGUAGACGUGUUCUCUUCAAAACCAAGAAGAACUGAAUAUUGGAACAAUUUCAAAAAUUUUAACCUUUUUAUUGUAUAUAUAUCUUGUUCAUAUUGAGCUGCUGUGCCGACCACAAAUGAUCAGUUAAUGUUUUCAGUCUCGUGGUACAAAAAUAAGUAUGGACCAUUUGGUGAACAUUUUUAAGUUGGCAUGAAUGUAACACAGAAAACAUUGAACUGAGGACCGUGAUCUAAACAGCAGCUUUGCUUUUUUUUCCCAAACUUAAAUUCUUUUAAAUUGCUUAAAUAUUUUAUAAACUUACUUUUUUUUGAAAAAGUAUGUACAUUUUGGCUUGUAAUAUACAUUAGAGAUGAAGUGUGCCUUUGCACUGUGUUUAUGUACAGUUCGUAAUAAAGCUAAUCCUUUUUUAUUAUUGAUUAUAAAAAAAAAAUCUUUUAUGUCUUUCUAAAUGUUUAAACGUAAAACCACCUGGAUACAGAAUUACCUUUAAAAA